AUGAGGCAACUGCGACGGCAGCUGGGGAAAAGCAAUUGGGGGCGACAGGGGCGAGACGGGGACUCGCGACGUGAGAAGGCGGGACGGUUGGGGCCCGCGCACGAUCUCUCCACCGACACGUGUCUCUCUGCCAAAAGGGUCCUAGGACAGACCCGGCGCCACAGACAUCGUAGGAGCGAGGACGAACAGGAGGAAAGGCCAAAGCGGAUGCGAGGCAAAGACCUGCGGGAGGAGAGCGAGAUACAACGGAGGGAGCGACAGCAAGAGGAGAGAAGGACGAGGCAACUGCGACGGCAGCUGGAGAAAAGCGAUUGGGAGCAAGAGGAAAGAGACGGAGGCCCGGAGCGGGAGGACAAUCUCUCCUCCGGUACGCAUCUCUCUGCCAAAAGGGUCUUAGGAGAGACCCAGCGCGAGGGACAUCGUCGGAACGACGACGAACAGGAGGAAAAGACAAAACGGGUAAGUAAGAAGCGAGAAGAGGAGGAGGAGGAGGAGGAGGAGGACAAGGACGAGGACGAUGAGGAUGAGGAGAGUGAGACACAAUGGAGGGAGCGACAGCAAGAGGAGAGAAGGACGAGGCAACUGCGACGGCAGCCGCUACGGCAUCCGGAGGAGAGCGACCAGGAGGCAGAGGGUCCAGAUGUACGAGAAGGGGACUCGGAACAGGAGAACGCGACACGGCCGGCGUCCGCAGACGAUCUCUCCUUCGAAGCCCACCUUUCUACCAAAGGGUUCCUAGGAGAGCCCCGACGCGAGGGACCUCUGUCCGAGGGGGAGGAGGAGGACGAGGAGCAGCAGCCGCAGCAACCCUGGCCUCCGGGACCCACGGCCCUAGCGGUUUCCAAGGCCCGAGACGUCAUCUCGACGUUCUACCUCUUCCUCACGCCGGAGAUAGAUAAAAUCAUCCUGGAGGAGACGAAUCGCGAGGGUCUCAGGAAACGCGGAAGAGACGGAUGGAGGCAUAUGGACGAGAUCGACCUGCACGCUUAUGUGGGCCCGCUCAUCCUCGCCGGUGUGUACAGGUCCCGAGGCAAGGCCACCGCCAGCCUGUGGGACGCAGAGAGCGGGCGUGCGAUUUUCCGAGCCACCAUGUCGCUCAAAGUCUUUCACCUUUACUCGAAGCUGCUGCGGUUCGACGACCGCGAGACGAGAGCGGAGAGGCACACCUUGGACAAACUGGCGGCCAUCAGAAAGCUCUGGGACGCGUGGGUCGAGCGGCUACCGGCCCUCUACAACCCGGGCCCUCACGUCACGGUGGACGAGCAACUGGUUCCAUUCAGAGGCCGAUGUCCCUUUAGACAGUAUAUGCCGAGCAAGCCCGCCAAAUACGGGAUCAAGUCGUGGGUGGCCUGCGAUCCCAGGUCCAGCUAUGCUUGGAAAAUGCAGGUUUACACCGGGAAGCCCGCUGCCGGAGGAUGGGAACGGGGUACGGGAGCGGCAAAGGGCUCGGAGAAGAAUCAGGCGAUGCGCGUGGUGCUGGACGUGACCGAGGGUCUCACCGGUCGUAACGUCACCUGUGACAAUUUCUUCACGUCCUACGAGCUCGCGGGGAGGCUCCUCCGCGAGAGGAACAACACCCUGCUCGGCACGAUCAGAAAGAACAAGCCCGAGCUCCCAACCGCCCUGCUCGAGCUCCGGGGGAGACGGGUCCUCUCCUCCAAGUUCGCCUUCACGCCCGACACCACGCUGGUGUCCUACGUACCCAAGAAAAACAAGAACGUGUUGUUGCUUAGCACGCUCCACGCACGGGCCCCUGACGUCCGCCCCGUGCGCUCAGACGUCGUCUUGGACUACAACGCCAACAAAGGCGGCGUGGACAACCUGGACAAAGUCGUUGGCUCCUACAGCUGCAGAAGGAUGACUGCGCGAUGGCCCCUCGUAGUCUUCCACAACAUCGUCAACGUGUCUGGUUACAACGCCUUCGUGAUAUGGAGAGAGCUCAACCCCGGCUGGAUGCCCGGCAAGUGCAACAAGAGGAGGGUGUUUCUCGAGCAGCUGGGGAAGGCUCUCGUGGCUCCGCUCAUCGAGCGGAGGCCUCGCCUGCCGAGCGCCGAAUCGGCCGCAUCAGUCGUGAAGGCGGUCAGCAAGAGGAAGAGGUGUCAGGUCUUCCCCUCCAAGAAGGACUGCAAGAUGCGCAAAGUCUGCUGUCGCUGCUAG